AUGGCUUGGCGUUGCUCGGGCGCAUCGAAUGCCGAGCUGAUCACAAAAAUGCGCAAUGCAUCGCUGAUCAGCUCGCCACGGAUUGCAGAUGCCAUGGCGAAGGUGGAUCGCGCCAACUAUGUGCCCUCUCGUCGACAGGCGUAUCAAGACUCGCCUCAGACGAUCGGGUAUGGCGCGACCAUCUCGGCACCACACAUGCAUGCGCACGCUGCCGAGAAUCUGCUGCCCUUCCUCCAUUCUGCUGCCAAGGUGCUCGACGUCGGCUCGGGCUCGGGCUACACUCUGGCGAUCUUCCACCACCUUACCGCAGGAGGUACCGCCAAGGUCAUCGGCAUUGACCACAUUCAAUCGCUCGUUGAUCAGGCCAACUCGAAUCUCAGGGCAGACAGACUCGAGGCGCAGCUCAACGACGGAUCGAUCGUCAACAUUUGUGGCGACGGUCGCAAGGGGCUUCCGGAGGAAGCGCCAUUUGAUGCGAUCCAUGUGGGUGCUGCAGCCCCCGGUGUGCCCCAACCACUGUUGGACCAACUCAAGGCGCCGGGCAGGGUGUUUAUCCCCGUCGAGGAGCAGAAUGGCUCGGGGGAGCAGAACAUCUACCAGAUCGACAAGGCACACGACGGAACCAUCACGAGCCAAAAGGUCUGCGGCGUCUUGUACGUGCCUCUCACGGAUGCCGACAAGCAGUGGGAAGCGUAG